CUCAGUUGUUUCCUUUCUAUAAGAGUAGCCUUAUCACUAGUUGAUAGUGAACUUAAGCAGUAGCAAUAUGCAUAUGAGGUGUUUGGAAGUUUGCGAUUUACGAGGCUAAAAGAGGAAGCGUUUCCAGCAGCGGCAGCGGCGGCAGAGGCGUAGCUGGUGUUUGGGACGUGUUCGUCUCUCUGCAGUGGCGUACAUGACUGUCUGAUAAGUGGCUGUCUCUCUUGUUUUUAAAUACGAAGACGACUGAACCAUGAGCAGAGGUAUCUUCAACCCGGUUUUCAUCCUUCUCCUCGUCGGGAUCCAGCUCCUAGCGGCCCACGUGGAUCCACCGACCAGCGUGACGCUCGACUGUCACAAUCUGGUCCACGUUGUCAAAUGGAGUUACACUGAAUUCUCCCCAGGACUUCAGUUCGAGAUAUAUAUCGGCAGCCUGCAUGGUGCUGCCAAACUGAAUUUGGUGGACUCACCUAAUCUACAAACUAAUUUCUCACUUGACACUGAUCCAGCUGACACCUAUACUCUUGAGGUAUCUGCUGUGAUUGGCCCGAAUAAGUCUGACGAAGCGCCACCUAAAGGAAUCCAGUUCAGCUACAACAAGAACUCACCAGCAUCUAAGAAAUGUUUUAUGGAUUUACCAGCGGUCAAUGUCACCGUCAUGCCGGAUGGCUACGCCCAGUUCAGCUUCAUGCAUCCCUGGUUGUUGUACGGAGAUAAGAUCCCUGUUCCAAAACCUACGAAGAAGAAGAGACACAACGCACGCUCUGAAGUCAUCCCCGAAUUUAGCUACGAAGUAGUCGUCGUCAGCAAGGGGACAUCCAAAACGUUCGAUUGUAACGAGAGAGAGUGCGAGGAUGAGCUUUUGGUGGAUCCUAAAGAGGAGAAACUCUGCCUGAAGAUCUCGGGAGACAUGGCGAGAAUGGCUGUACGAGGCACGCAAGAAUACUGCGCCAUGCCGGCAACAGCGCUACCUGCGGAAGAUGAUUACAUGUACGUCAUCUACAUCGUGGUCCCCCUCGUGGUUUUAAUUGCAUUGGCUUUCAUCCUCUUCUUGGUGUACAAAAAAGUGACCAGACCCUCAUCUUCUCUUCCAGCCGCUAUGACGUUUAAGGAUCAUCUGUGGCGAACCGUUGUACGGGAUCGAGACCAAGUCUCUGUACCAGAGGUGGAGCCUGCCUCGCCCACGCCUCUGCUUCAAUCCACAGAAUUCCCACCUGCUCCUACUUCCUCUACUGAGUAUGAAGUCCGUGAACGCAUUGGGGUCUUGACAGACUGCAAUGGUGUGUGUGACGAUGAAGAGAUAGGGAAUAAUGAAGGAUGUGGGUACACGCAAGGCGGCAAUUUGGAUGAAGAUGACGGGGAAACAAAAGUUGAGCCCUCGGGUUAUGAAAGCCGGCCGGUGGUUGAUUAGGCACAGGAUGAACAGGCUGAGGGCUAACGUCGCUUAAAAUGAGCAUUGCGUUGAACAAUAUCAACAGCAACAUGACGGGGGAGUUGUGUUAUUUGAUUUUCUGUUGUUGUUCUUGUCAAACGACAUCCAUGCCAAGUAAAAACAGAAUCAGGAACUUCUCAUUUGCUCAGUGUUAAUUUUGACUAAGAACGUGCAAUUAGGCAACUAAGUAAUUAAACUUUGCUGCCCUCGCUUAGUCACUGCGGUCAGAAUAAAGUACAUAAUACAGCCUUCCCCCCCAUACGCUAAUGCCCUCACUGUUUGUACUUGAUGUUGUAGACAUCAAUCAAUCAAAAUUUUAUUUGUACAGCCC